UCGAGCGCGGGAACGCCGGCCGCCCUGCAGGCCCUGUCCCUGCUGAGACCUGCCUCCUUGGCCCCUCCCACCUCAAAGAUUUCUACCACUUGAUUCCCGCUUCUCUUUCAAAGUGGACUUGUCCCUGCAAUGUCCACUAAUAACAAACUGCUCCAGUAUGCCAUCCUUGCUCUACUUUUCUGGCCACAGCCAUGAGUGGCACAUGUCCACAGUCUGUGUAGUCCCUGCCUUGCACAGCAGUAAUUCCUGUGCUGCCUGACCUAAGGUGAUAAGCACUCCCACGGACGCCAUGCAGGGAGCUCUGAUGCCCCUGUCUUCACUCGUACUGUUGCUGCUGCUGCUGCUGCUGGGGUGUGGGCCGAGGGUAUCCUCGGGCGGUGGGGCUGUAGGGGCAGCUGGCUAUGCCCCGGUGAAGUACGUGCAGCCCAUGCAGAAAGGACCGGUGGGACCACCCUUCCGCGAGGGCAAAGGCCAGUACCUGGAAAUGCCUCUACCGCUGCUGCCAAUGGACUUGAAGGGAGAGCCCGGCCCCCCUGGCAAGCCUGGGCCUCGGGGACCCCCUGGUCCUCCUGGCUUCCCAGGAAAACCAGGCACUGGAAAGCCAGGGCUUCAUGGGCAGCCUGGUCCUGCUGGCCCCCCUGGCUUCUCCCGGAUGGGGAAGGCUGGUCCCCCAGGGCUCCCUGGAAAAGUUGGACCACCGGGGCAGCCAGGGCUUCGGGGGGAGCCAGGGAUUCAGGGAGAUCAGGGCCUCCGGGGACCCCCAGGACCCCCUGGCCUUCCUGGUCCUUCAGGUAUUACUGUCCCUGGAAAGCCAGGUGCCCAGGGGGUGCCAGGGCCUCCAGGAUUUCGGGGGGAGCCAGGGCCUCAGGGGGAGCCUGGGCCCCCAGGAGAUAGAGGUGUCAAGGGGGACAAUGGAGUGGGCCAGCCUGGACUGCCUGGGGCCCCAGGGCAAGGGGGUGCCCCAGGACCCCCAGGACUCCCUGGCCCAGCUGGCUUGGGUAAGCCAGGUUUGGAUGGAAUUCCUGGGGCCCCUGGAGACAAGGGUGAGUCUGGCCCUCCUGGAGUUCCAGGUGCUAGGGGUGAGCCAGGAGCUGUGGGUCCAAAAGGAGCCCCUGGGGUAGAUGGUGUGGGGGUACCAGGGGCAGCAGGGGUUCCGGGGCCACAGGGCCUAGCAGGAGCCAAAGGGGAGCCAGGACCCAGGGGUCCCCCUGGUUUGAUAGGCCCUACUGGCUAUGGGAUGCCAGGACUGCCAGGCCCAAAGGGGGACAGGGGUCCAGCUGGAAUCCCAGGGCUCUUGGGGGACAGGGGAGAGCCAGGGGAUGAUGGAGAGCCAGGAGAACAGGGGCCACAGGGUCUGGGGGGUCCCCCUGGACUUCCUGGGUCUGCAGGACUCCCUGGUAGGCGUGGACCCCCUGGGCUGAAAGGGGAGGCAGGACCUGGGGGUCCGCCAGGAAUGCCCGGCAUUCGAGGUGACCAAGGGCCUAAUGGCCUGGCUGGGAAACCAGGGCUCCCUGGUGAGAGGGGCCUUCCUGGUGCCCAUGGGCCCCCUGGACCAACUGGACCCAAGGGUGAGCCGGGUUUCACAGGCCGGCCUGGGGGGCCAGGAGUAGCAGGAGCACUAGGGCAGAAAGGUGACUUAGGACUUCCUGGGCAGCCCGGCCUGAGGGGCCCCUCCGGAAUCCCAGGACUCCAGGGUCCAGCCGGUCCUAUUGGGCCCCAGGGUCUGCCUGGCUUGAAGGGUGAACCAGGCCUGCCGGGGCUCCCAGGGGAGGGGAAAGUGGGGGAACCUGGUUCUGCUGGACCCACAGGGCCCCCUGGGGUCCCUGGCUCCCCAGGACUCACAGGUCCUCCAGGGCCCCCUGGGCCUCCUGGUCCACCCGGCGCCCCAGGGGCCUUUGAUGAAACUGGCAUUGCAGGCUUGCACCUGCCUAACGGUGGUGUGGAGGGCGCUGUGUUAGGCAAGGGGGGCAAACCACAGUUUGGGUUGGGCGAGCUGCCGGCCCAUGCCACGCCAGCCUUCACAGCCGUGCUCACCUCGCCCUUCCCAGCUUCAGGCAUGCCUGUGAGGUUUGACCGGACCCUCUACAACGGCCACAGCGGCUACAACCCAGCCACUGGCAUCUUCACCUGCCCUGUGGGUGGCAUCUACUACUUUGCUUACCACGUGCAUGUCAAGGGCACCAACGUGUGGGUAGCCCUGUACAAGAACAACGUACCAGCCACUUACACCUACGACGAGUACAAGAAGGGCUACCUGGACCAGGCGUCUGGAGGGGCCGUGCUCCAGCUGAGGCCCAACGACCAGGUGUGGGUGCAGAUGCCUUCGGACCAGGCCAACGGCCUCUACUCCACUGAGUACAUCCACUCUUCCUUUUCAGGGUUCUUGCUCUGCCCCACAUAACCCACGGGGGGGCCCUGAUGCCCUUGCUUCCUCCUCUUUAGUGGUAGAGCGACCUUUUCAGUUACAGAGACCUCCAUUUAAAGAAAACAACCAAAGGCUGAACAGAGGUGGCAGGGCGGCAGUGGCGGCCUUGGCCCCGGGAGACGGAACUGCUUUUCCUCUGUGCGCAGGCGGAGCGUGUUUCUGGAAGGGGCGGCGUUCCUUUCCCACAGACAUCUGGGCAGUAUGGAGGGCUGAGCCCUGUUCUGGACCUGUCUGGUUUGCAGGCAGCACCCCAGUGUACUCAGUCCACACCCUACCAAGUCCUGGAUGCUGCUGCUGGGCGAGAUGGUCUUGCAUUUGGAGGAAUGUGGCAUGGGUUUCCUCACUUUGGGCUAGGCCUCUUCCCCAGUGAUCUCUGGCAUAUGAGAUGUGGUGCUUUUUUUUUUUUUUUUUGUUCUUUUUGGGGAAAAAGGAGGGGGACUGUGAGGUGGUUAGUAUGGACAGCCUGUCAGGAAUGCACCCCAAGGUGAUGUGGUGUCAGCCCUGUCGUGAUGGGGACAGGUUGUGUCGCUGCAGGAUCCUGGGAAACGCUAGCUGCAGCUGUGGGGAAGGCGGUCUGUGACGGGCGGGCAUGGAUGGGGCCAGAUGGCAGCUCUUCUGUCUGCCUGCCUUCCUGGCUGCUCAGCCCUAGCCUGAGAGCAGCACGGGGCUCACAGGGACGCCUGCAUGGGCUGAAGAAUCUGGCAGGUGUGUGCCCAGAUCACAGCGGUACCCUCUCUCUUUCACUUGCCGGAGCUAAGCUGGUUUCCUUCUACCAUAUUGUUAGGGGAUCCUUGCCACUUCCAACUCAGUGUCCCCAAGGCAGAGAGCCUAUCUGGGCCUUCUUAAUGGGGGCACACAAGCUCGGGGAUGAAGACUCUUCCCCGCCACACACUUUUUUCCUACAUAAGAACUGCGCCGUGGGUGUUUGUGUCUACUAGAGGGUCCUUCCUCUCCACCCUCUGCUUCCAAUUUCCUGUGCUGAGCAGGGUAGGGCCCAGGGGGAUAAGGCACCGAAAGAAAGGAUGCCACUAGGCCCUGCUGGAAUGAGCUGGCUCUGGGUGCUUGAGUCGUCCCAGCAGAAAAUAGGCUGGCUUCCUUCCCAGCUCCCCCCCCAAGUCAAGCUGGGAUUAGGGGCAAGGGUGGUGGACAUUCUUGCCUGUGCCAGGACGGCCACUUUCGCAGGGUGUGCAGCCUCCCUCAGCCCUUGCCUUGUCUUCCUUCACUGAACCAAGUGUGAACUGACACCGUUCACAAGUGAUCUUGUUACACUGCUCCGAUUUGGGCACACUCCGACUGCCCAUGCUGAAGGAUGGAGGAUGACUGGGCCAACCCUCCCCACAGCCCACAACUCCAAAGCUCACUUCAGCUUGCAAAGGGAGGAUCUGUCUGUGACACUGUGAGGAAAGGUUUUGGCCGGGGCUCACAGUGUACUUCCUCUGUCACACCCGAGAGACCCAACGAGUCUGAGUAUCCCUGCUGGCACCCUUUGCUCAACCUCCUUCCCUGGGUCAAUGCCACUAGUUUGAUGUUAGGGAUGGAUUAUGAUGGGCAGAGACUAAUCAGCUCCUAGUGGGAGCCCAGGAAAUUGAGAUAUGGGGUGGGGGGCAAAAGAAGCUGUCUCACAGAGCAGAGCUUCCCACCUCCAAAGUCUCGAGGGAGGGCGGUUGGCAUUUCUGAAAUGCUUAUGGGAUCAGAGUCACAGGUGUCACUGACUAGCUUUGAUAACCAACGUCAGGUUUUCAUGACAACUACAGUUACCAGUGCAUUAUUUUUGUAUUUUGACUAAUUUUUUUAAAGAGACUGUUUAAAUGUUUUCCACUAGUAAUUUCAUUUCUAACCUGGUAUAGAAGUCUAGUUCUCUGCUUACCAUGUGCCCAGUGUCAGAUUCGGGGGAAAAAUGCACUGGGGAAUCAAAGGAGACUUCUCUUUGAAAACACGACAGUAUUGACUGUAUUGACCUCAAUAAAACCUGUUGUGUAAACA